AAUCGGUCAAAAUUUCUUCAUUUCAAAAUAAACAAUGUUAAAAAACUUACUAAAUACUGGAAUUAAAAGCCCAGCACAGCAUUUAUUACUAGCUGCGAACAAUUUCAAUGCUCAACAAAUAAGGACGACAUUCAUUUUAAAGCGAAAGUAUCCCAUGUUACUUAAUAAAAAGAACCUACCUCCUCGUCCUUUAAGAGCAAGAGAUUAUGUUUAUGACUUAAUUGAAGACACAAAUGUAAAAAAGCAUCCAGACGUUGAAGUAAUUUUGACAAGUUAUGUUAGCGGAAUUGGAAAAAAAGGAGACAUUGUAAAAGUUUCUCCAAGUUAUGCUUAUAAUAAGCUACUACUUCCUGGUUUAGCAGCAUAUGUCACACCGCAAACUGUUGAAAAAUAUGUGAAUUUAGAUGACUCGGUAAAAGAAGAGACAUAUAGUUCACCAUUUGCACUGAGAACCAUGAACAUGAUUCAAAAUAAAGUAUUUUCAAUUGUAAUGAAUCAAACACAUCCAUGGGUGAUUGAGCCAUGGCAUAUUCGAGUGUCACUUCGUAAAGCUGGAUUUAAUAUUUUGCAUGAUAGCUCCAUCGAACUUCCUAAAGAGAAAAUCACUGGCCCGGAUCUCACAAUACAAAACAAAGGAUUUAGUGUCGUCGUGACCAUUAAUAACACUGAAAAAGUUGAGGUCAAAUGCAAGAUACAUCAUUGGACAAGAGAUCCUGACAUUAAACUUCCUUACGUCUUUGAACAUUACAAAUUGCCUGUCGAACCAAUACCUGGUGUAGGAAAACCAGAAUCAUUGACAAAUACGAUAGAUAAGUAAAGAAAUUCUUUGUGAAAUUAAUAAAAAUUUAGUCCUAACACACAAAGCAGAUUUUGUUAUCAAAUAG